GCGGAUAGAAUGAUAAAUACGGUGUGUAUGAUUUUUACUUGAACCAAAAUUUUAGUGACGUUUUUUGAAUUCUGUAACUAUUAAUAUUUCAAUCAAUUGUACCUAAAAAAAAUAGUUGUAAUUUCUUUUAUUAAUAUCCUACGCAAUUUUAAAUAGGAAUUGAAAAAAUGAAAUAAUAGCGUAAAUAAUUUUUAAGAUUAUAAAAUGUGACUAUGUAUAUUGUCAUUGUAUUUAUUGACAGUCAAUGACAUCUUGGUGUAAUGGACGGCGACGAUCAUUUUUACUGAUGUCGCCAAUACCAUUCGUACUAGGAUUUAUUUUGGGUAUAGGAUUCAUCUAUAUUUUUACAUAUUUAAAAAGUUAUGAUGAUUUUGAUUUGUCUCAACAAAAAUAUGCAACAGAUUAUCAAAGAAUUUACUAUUUCUUGAACUUUACCAAGAAAAGUUCUUCUUCAGCCUAUUUUAAGAAUGUAUCCAUGCUAUGUGUAAUAUUUAUUGAUGAUGUAGACAAUGCUUUAGCUCAACGUAAUGCCUGGAGACAAAAUGAUAGCUGUUCCAAAAUAGUUUAUGUCGGGCAAAAUAAUCCUUAUAUAAUUGAAGAUAAUAUAGAUUGGAUAAUGACUAAGAAUAUUGAUAAGCAAUGGGAACACUUUUGUCAUGCUAUGAAUAUUAUAUAUAACUCAUAUUCAAAAAAAUAUAAAUGGUUAUUUAUUAUUAGAGAUAAUAUAUGGCCAAUUCACAAUAACAUCAUAUCUUUAAUUAACAUAUUAGAAACAGAGAAUAAGCAAAAUUUUUACAUUGGUUCAUAUUUGAAGAUAAAAGGUGGCAACAAAUUUUUGGAUGCUAACUCUGUCACUUUAUUCAAUUGGAUAACUUUCAAAUUUUUAAUGCAAGCAAUUGGUAACUCCUGUAAUAUUGAAAAAAAUGGAGAUGUUAAUAUAAUAUUAGAUGGAUAUUUAAGAAGUCUUGAGGGAACUAUUAAAGCUGUUGAUAAUGUAGAUGAAUAUGGCUGUACAUUAUUUCAUACUCAAAAACUGUCCUAUUUAUUUGAUCCGAAUAGAAGGAAAAGUAAUCAAGAGAGGUGUAUAAGUAAUAAUGCAGUUACAUUUGGUAUGGACCCUAUAGGAAUUCAAAUGUUUUACUUGUAUACUAUUAAUCAUAUUCAGAUUAUUAGACCUUCAGAUUUAAAUAUUACAAAUAUAGUUCCACCACAGGGAGAUAAUGAUGAAUGGCUUAAUGAAGCAAAGUAUGAAUUACAAGAUGGUCCAUUAUUUGCAGACAUUACACAACAAGAAUUUAAUGAACGAUGGUCUCGUAAACGUAAAAUUAUUUUGUGAUUAAUUUUAUACUAAAAGUACAGAGUAUAAUCAAAAUGGACUUACACACUUUCAUCAAUGAAUUCUAAUUGUUCAUUCAUACUAUAUAUUCAAAGAAGUAAACGAGAGUUCAUAUUAAUGUAUAUGAAAACCUAUUUUGGUAAAUUUUUUCCGUCCUUUCUCGUGGUUCUUAAUUAAUUUAAGUAUUAUUUGAAGUAUAACUUCCUUCCCAAUAAAAGGGUAUGUAUACUUUAAUUAAGAACAUAUCAUUAAUUUAUAGAGAAAAUAUUAAGUAUUUGGUGAUAGGUAAUGUAAUUAAUGUUUUUUAUAUUUUAAUUAUAACUUGUUUAUGUUAAGAAUAGUUUAACUUUUGUGUAAUUAACUUUUUAUCAUUAUUUAUAUUAAAUAUAUAAAAAUCUUAAA